AUACAACUUCUCCUCUUCCUUUCAUUUCGUUCUACUGACAAGUUGAGUGCACCAGUGAAAAGCGUUACUGUUGUUCGCAUCAGUUGCUGUUGAUCCGAUUCAAGUUUAAGGAAUCAGAGUGCCUUAUACUCCACUUGUUCGUCUCACUGGAGUCCCUGGAUAACUAUAUUGUGUAGAUACGUACGUUUGAAUCGUUUGAAAAAGUGCAGCAAAGAAAUAAAACAUUCUUUACCCCCUCACUCCUCACUUUUGGAUCUCUCUUUGUUGUCGGCGAGGCACAAAUCAAUUUUUUUUUAUUAUAUCGAGACACUGGAUAUCAUAUCGUUAUGGGCACUUUUCGAACUGAUUACGCUUCAUUAAAUCGAAAAGAAACUAUGCUGACGGACGUGGAUCAGCUGCCGUCUAUACAACUAGGGGACUUUGUCCUUCAGUUCGAACUCGGACCACCAACUGCUGAAGUACAGGAGAUUGCGAGAAAGGAACUCAGGGAGACCCCAGAGAUCCAGAGACAGGCUGUUGCUGAACUUCGAGAAUUGCUCAAAAAGGAAACUGAUCUCAAAUGUCCCCUCGACAACGAAUCCUGGUUGAUUCGUUUCCUGAGGCCAAGCAAGUACUAUCCUCAGUCAGCUGCCAAGCUAGUAAAAGAGUACUACGCAUUCAAAGUGAAACACUCGAAUGUUUACGAUGGCCUGAAGCCAUCCAGAGAGAAGAACAUAUUCGAGCACAACAUCCUCACUGUUCUCCCGAAUCGUGAUCAACGUGGCCGUCGUAUAUUGAUCAUUGAGCUUGGUAAGAAGUGGAAGCAUAAUAAAGUGUCGUUGGAUGAGGUCUUCAAAGGGGCUGUUUUGUACCUCGAGGCAGCUAUGCUCGAGCCAAUAUCCCAGAUUGCCGGGGCUGUUGUCAUCUUUGAUAUGGAUGGACUUAGCUUACAGCAGACGUGGCAGUUUACCCCACCGUUCGCUAAGAGAAUUGUUGAUUGGCUUCAGGAUGCUGUACCAUUGAGAAUAAAAAAUAUUCAUAUUAUUAAUCAGCCUUAUGUUUUUAAUAUGGUCUUCGCUCUGUUUAAGCCUUUCCUCAGGACGAAAUUGAAGGAAAGGAUUAUUUUCCACGGAACCGAUCGUAAGUCACUGCAUCAAUACAUAUCACCGAAAUGCUUACCCGAGUGCUACGGUGGUACUGUUUCAAUCCCCAGAGUCACUGGAUCUCAAUGGCUGGAGUUGUUAAUUAUGUGUGAUAAAGAAUAUGAUGCAAUCAACUCCUACGGGUACAAAAAGAAAUAGGAAAUCCUCCAUAAUUCGAAGGAUCCUUUCAACGUAGAGAAAUCAACGUUGCCAUAAAAUAAACCGAGAAAACGUUGCAGCCAUUGUGGGGAGAACCUACCUCUCGAUGCAUAACUUCGAAAAUCAAUUGUUAAUAACUAAUGAAUUCAUUCCGGGGCAAAUCGAUAAUCAUCUAUUCCCCUGUCUAUUUAAUAAUAAAGCGCUCGAUUAUGGAUACUCAGAUGUUCUCGUUGUGGUUCAACGAACGAGCGUUUUGUCGUAUUGCUCAUUGGAUUUAAUUGCCUCGUCAUUUUGACGCACGCUGAAAUUUACGAGGCAAAUUAUGUUAUUUUAUUAUCGAUAAUUAGCAUGAGUGAGAUCUCAGAAUAGACCAUGGUGAUAAACUAUUAGAGAGAAAAUGGAUUGUGGAGAAUGUUUAGUCCGAAAAGCGCUCGAAAAGCGCUCGCUCUAAAGAAAAUUGAAGAAAAUGUAACGGUUUGAAAUUUUUAAGUGAAAAUAGAUUUUUCAUGGUUUUACAAUUUUCAAAUGAAAUAAUUCAUGUACCAUUAUUUAAAAAUAAAUUUAAUUUUCUCACA